AUGCCUACUUUGGGAACAGAUAUAGGAUUUGGAAUAACCUAUAAAGAAUCUGAAAUAGUAGAUUUAGCAGAACAACUUGCAAGAAUGAUAAUAGGACUAGCAAAUAAAGAAUCACAAGGACAAGAUCAAAAACAGCUUAACAACAAAAUACCUGAAAAAACAAUUCAAUUUAUAAAUCAGUUUGAAGAAGAAGUAUUCCCGCAAGCGGAAUCAAGUAAUAGAAAAAGAAAACAAGUAAAAAUACCAAAAGAAAUAUUAAAAAUAAAAGAAAAAAUAACAGAAGUAAUAUAUAGAAAAGCUCAUGAAUCACGAAGAGAAUACAUAUUUGAUUUUCUAAAUGAAAAAUCAAAUAAAAAUAAUGUAUCUAUAUUUGUAUUAAGAGGAGCCAUUAAUGAUAUGCUCGAAGAAUAUGAAAGAGAUACAAAUCCAGCAAUCACUAUUACAAAAUUACCUAAAACAGGAUACAGAGAAGAAUAUCAAUAUUCUGGAUCUCCAAGAUCACUACCAAAAUCACCAACAAAUUCUGAUAAAUCAUCAACUAAUCAAACAAUUGAUAGAGGAUGGAAACAAUUGUUUGGAGGAUCAGGAUCCUUAAAACAACAUAUUCAUAGCCCUAAACAACCAUCAGGCUUAAGAAACUCUGUAGACCUUACAAAUACUCCUGAUAUACUAAAUCUAAAAAGAUCUAUAGAUAGAAGUAAUACUUUAUCACCAGCAUCAUGGCAUAAAAAUCAAAAAAUGUAUACACUAUCAGUAACAAAUACUGAAGAUAAAGAACAAGAAAUAUCUCAAAAUAUUGAAAGAGCAUUCAAUCAAGAUAACUCAGAACCUCAACAAAUACAAUCUACAUUUAAAGAAUGA